AUGGCUUUUACCCCACCAAGCUUUAGUCUAGGAAUCGACAACACUCAGGAUGUACAAGUGCACGAUCCUAUGCCUAUUGCUUUUUCUUUCCCGGCAGGCACGGUCCCAAUGAUGGCGCAACCGUUGAAUGAUGGCAGGAAGGCUGUCAAGUUUGCAGAUCCCAUAGUGCAAGCCAUCCCUGAGGAGAUUUCGUCGUCCCUUGAAGAAGCUUACCGCAGAGUUGAGCAGGAUGCAUUGAACAUCGGGUCCUCACGGAAUCGGGGCCAACCAAGUUCUGCUGUGCCUGCUGAGGCAGUAUCCGAGGAUACCAUCAGAAAUGCAACCCCUGGACCUGUGAGGCAGACCAGGGUAGUUCAUGCACCACCAGUGGAUGACUUUGAGCCUGAUGUUAAGGCUACAAAGGAGCAGACCCAACUAUACGACAUUGUCAAGCGAUUUGGAAAUGCGAGGUCAAACAGCAAGCACAUGAAGGAGCUGAAACCAACCAAGAUCAUACAAUGCAACACGACAUACGUUGACCUAGGCGAUCUUGCCGAGUCUGUGAGGCCUACUGGUAAAAUGUCAAAGAAUGUAGUUGCCUGUGGGAUUGACUUCAUCAACAAACAUGUGGACAUUUGUCCUGACAAGACAAUCAUGCACUACAGCGUGACCUGCAAAAUAUGGGAUGGUGACUUCCACCAUAAAAUCCCGAGGAAGCAUUUUGCCGAUCAUGGUGAUUUGAAGCUCACAAUGAAGAAAUAUGAGCUUGCACUAGAAGACCCAGAUGACAAGUGUGGUCAUCACUACGCCAUCUGCCUUGACUUGAAGAACCAACAUUUCGAGGUGCUCGAUUCAAUCCGUUCAGGAGCUGAUGAAGACCUUACUACUCAUGCCGAAUUCUUUAUCAACAACCUUAAGGAGACCUGGAUCCAUCAGUACGAAAACUCAAAGGUCCAGAUCAAUCAUUUCCCAAUUGAGUAUGUCACGACUGAGAAGCAAGAAAACAGGCAUGAUUGCGGGUUUUACAUGUUGGAAUACCUUGCAAAGUGGGAAGGUUGAUGGGUCCCAGUGAUCACAGGUGCAAUGGUUGUGGAGCUCUGUAGAAUAUACACAUGGGAUUAGUUGAUGAAUGAAGAUUUCAACAGGCGGGCUUCAGCACGAUGAUUUUUAGAGUCAGCUGUCAAAUCCGCGAACAAGAAGUACAAGUGAUCGCGUGAUUUUUCACACACAUGCCUACCUUACAUUCUGUGGCUGAGGAAUGUAAGGUAUCGCUUUGUUCUUUGAAACUAUGUCCGUGUGCUAUGUUAUGACUGCAUCCAUAUUUGCUGUAGUAUAUAUAGUUGUGGCGUGUAUGUGGCGUUGAAUAUUUGUAAUAUAAGUGUGGUCCUGAA